AUCUUUCUUCUAAAAUACAGCUUCACAGUGAAGGUCAGAGGAUAAUAUCAUUAAAGAAGAGGUCACCCAUAAGCAUCAGCUCUUUAUCAAGAGUGCCCGGCGAAGAAUGUGAUGGGAUCAGUAGCAUGUCUGCGGAGAGCGGUCCUGGGACGAGAUUGAGAAAUCUGCCAGUAAUGGGGGAUGGACUAGAAACUACCCAGAUGUCUACAACGCAGGCCCAGGCCCAACCCCAGCAAGCCAACACAGCCAGCACCAAUCCCCCGCCCCCGGAGACUUCCAACCCCAACAAGCCCAAGAGACAGACCAACCAACUGCAAUAUCUGCUCAAAGUGGUGCUCAAGACACUAUGGAAACACCAGUUUGCGUGGCCUUUCCAGCAGCCUGUGGACGCCGUCAAGCUAAACCUCCCUGAUUACUAUAAGAUCAUUAAAACGCCUAUGGAUAUGGGAACAAUAAAGAAGCGCUUGGAAAACAACUAUUACUGGAAUGCUCAGGAAUGUAUCCAGGACUUCAACACUAUGUUUACAAAUUGUUACAUCUACAACAAGCCUGGAGAUGACAUAGUCUUAAUGGCAGAAGCUCUGGAGAAGCUCUUCUUGCAGAAAAUCAACGAACUGCCCACAGAAGAAACUGAGAUCAUGAUAGUCCAGGCAAAAGGAAGAGGACGUGGGAGGAAGGAAGCAGGGACCGCAAAACCUGGUGUCUCUACGGUACCAAACGCAACGCAAGCGUCUACUCCUCCGCAGACCCAGACCCCUCAGCAGAAUGCUCCAUCUGUGCAGGCCACACCUCACCCCUUCCCCGCCGUCACCCCAGACCUCAUCGUCCAGACCCCUGUUAUGACAGUGGUGCCUCCCCAGCCACUGCAGACGCCCCCACCAGUGCCCCCCCAGCCACCACCUCCACCUGCGCCAGCCCCCCAGCCCGUGCAGAGCCACCCACCCAUCAUCGCAGCCACCCCACAGCCUGUGAAGACAAAGAAGGGGGUUAAGAGGAAAGCAGACACCACCACCCCCACCACCAUCGACCCCAUUCACGAGCCGCCCUCACUGCCCCCGGAGCCCAAGACCACCAAGCUGGGCCCCAGGCGGGAGAGCAGCCGGCCUGUUAAGCCCCCGAAGAAGGACGUGCCAGAUUCGCAGCAGCACCCAGCACCGGAUAAGAGCAGCAAGGUGUCGGAGCAGCUCAAGUGCUGCAGCGGCAUCCUCAAGGAGAUGUUCGCCAAGAAGCACGCGGCCUAUGCCUGGCCCUUUUAUAAGCCCGUGGACGUGGAGGCACUGGGCCUGCAUGACUACUGUGACAUCAUCAAGCACCCCAUGGACAUGAGCACAAUCAAGUCUAAACUGGAGGCCCGUGAGUACCGUGAUGCUCAGGAAUUUGGUGCUGAUGUCCGAUUAAUGUUCUCCAACUGCUACAAGUAUAACCCUCCUGACCAUGAGGUGGUAGCCAUGGCCCGCAAGCUCCAGGAUGUGUUUGAGAUGCGCUUUGCCAAGAUGCCGGAUGAGCCUGAGGAGCCUGUGGUGGCCGUGUCUUCCCCAGCGGUGCCACCCCCCACCAAGGUUGUGGCCCCACCCUCAUCCAGUGACAGCAGCAGCGAUAGUUCCUCAGACAGUGACAGCUCAACUGAUGACUCCGAGGAAGAGCGAGCCCAACGGCUGGCCGAGCUCCAGGAGCAGCUCAAAGCCGUGCACGAGCAGCUUGCAGCCCUUUCGCAGCCCCAGCAGAACAAACCAAAGAAAAAGGAGAAAGACAAAAAGGAAAAGAAAAAAGAAAAGCACAAAAAGAAAGAGGAAGUGGAAGAGAAUAAGAAAAGCAAAGCCAAGGAACUUCCUCCCAAAAAGACCAAGAAAAAUAACAGCAGUAACAGCAACACGAGCAAGAAGGAGCCAGCACCCAUGAAGAGUAAGCCCCCUCCUGCAUACGAAUCAGAGGAGGAGGACAAGUGCAAGCCCAUGUCGUAUGAGGAGAAGCGGCAGCUUAGCCUGGACAUCAACAAGCUCCCAGGCGAGAAGCUGGGCCGUGUGGUGCACAUCAUCCAGUCGCGGGAGCCGUCACUCAAGAACUCCAAUCCAGACGAGAUCGAGAUUGACUUUGAGACCCUAAAGCCGUCCACCCUGCGUGAACUGGAGCGCUAUGUCACCUCCUGUUUGCGGAAGAAAAGGAAACCUCAAGCUGAGAAAGUUGAUGUGAUUGCUGGCUCUUCCAAGAUGAAGGGCUUCUCGUCCUCCGAGUCGGAGAGCACCAGCGAGUCCAGCUCCUCUGACAGCGAAGACUCUGAAACAGGUCCUGCCUAAUCAUUGGACACGGACUCUUAAUAAAACGGUCUUCAGUUCCAGAUUCCUUCCCAGCAAGCUAUAGCUUAAGUCCAUUUUCUUCCGUGAAAGGGACAGGACUCCAUCAAGUUAUGGAAUUCCUCAGAGCCCUGGGCCUGUUCCCCGGGGUGGAUUAGUCAUGUCCAGCAGCUCAUGCCUAGUCCCGCCUCUGGGAAGGCUGCCUGCCUGGCUGCCCAGCCCGUGGCCUCCUGUGUAAAGACUGCCUGGCUGUCCCACCCAGCCUCCCUGGUUGUCUGGGAUCCUCUGGGUGGGUGGCAUCUUUCAAAGGGUGAUGACAAUCCCCCCUGCACACGCAUACAUGUGGUGCUGCUCUGUGUGCAAGGCCCUAUCACAGAUGUUUUCUCUUCAAUCCUCCCUCUUUUUCCGGGACUCUGGAUCCUAACUACUUCUCUCCUGAGCCUUGCAAUGACAUUAGCCCAGGAAAGAUACCAUUCAGCCUAAGGAAGAACAUGCUAACAUCUAGAGCUUCCCCAGAUGAGGAACGGGGCUUUAGAGGAGGCCAGCUGGGCCCGAAGGCUCAUCGGGGCUGUCCCUCAGCAUGCCUUCUCUCCGGUGGCCUAUGAGGAGGCUCCGUUAGCCAGUCUGUCACCAGCCACAGCUGACACAGCCCCCAGGAGUCCUCCUGUUUUCAUUGUUCCCAUUAUUGCCAUUUGGGCAUUUCCCCAACUUCUUUGUUCUUUUCUCCAAAAGUCGAAUGGGGAAGGUACCUCUUAGACUGCCUCCCGUCCUUUCUAGGUAAUUAGAAGCAGGCUGCAGUGGUCAGGAGCUGCCAGGCAGGCCAUUAGUGAGGGACAUCUGGGGAGGAGUGGCAGUGCAGCCAGCUGCCCUGGCUCCUCUAGCUUAUCCCUCUCCUCAGUAGGGUUGGGAUCUGGGCUAGUGAGAAAGAAAGGACUCUUGAGACCCAGUGUGCUGGACCAGUUGAUGGUGAGGGCAUCAGAGCCUUCGGGGCCUGUUCCAUGCACGUUUCUGAGAGGCACUGCCAGUGCAAGUACCCUCCUAGUCUUUAGUCCUCUAGAAUGAUGACAGCCACUGAGGGUGGGGCAGGCCAGGGUAGCCACAUUAUCCAGCCCUCUAAGAGACACUGAAUAGGCUUUUUUUGCUCUAAAAAUAAAUACCAGCCCUUUUUUGGUCACGAAUCCAGCGUCUCAGCGGAAAACUGCCUGACGUGAGAAAUCCCCUAAGGAAUAGCAUCUGCGUGUCAGAGCUUUUUUGUUCUCAGUGUAGGUUGUGUGCACUUCAAGGCCUAGCCGUCUCCUGGCAUCUUGGAGUCUGCCUUCUGGAGCUCGGGGCAGGCUGGAGAGGUGCAGCUGGCCACUGCGUGUGUGCAAAUCCUGGCGCCCAUCCCCAGCUCCUUGGGGCCAUAGGCCCAAGCAGCUCUAACUGUCCCAGACCAGCCUUGGCCUUGGGUUCUAGUUUCAGCCUCCCCAGAACCUCCAGGGCCCUGCACUGAUACUUGGAAGUUCCUAGAUUGCCCCCUGAUCCUCUGGCCAGUUAGCUUCCAGUCAAGCUCCAUUUGCCAGACUAUUUUGAGCUGCCCUUUGGCCUGUGCCUGAUGUGUUCCCAGUGCAGCUCUGCCUGGCUCAAGCCAGGGUUGCUUCAUGCCCGGAGAUUCCCACAGGACAGUUAGGAAGCCACUGGCAUUGUCUUUCUGGGAAGAUUUUGCCAUCUUGGAACAAAUGGAAGGCUAGAUUCCCACAGUGUCGGCCUGUGGUACUGCCCUACCCUUUCCCACACGUGUGCACAUGGGCCAUAGCCACAGACCAGCUCUCCUGUGUGGUCCUUGCACCCUCGCUCUCCAGGAAUCCUGUCCUUCUUGCCUAUGGGACUUACAUCUGGCAGAGAACUUGAUUUUUAGACUCAAGCUGUCACCUAUACCUGGUGCCCCAGGAACAGAGCAGAAGCCCACUCACCCCUUGUCAGCAGCUUCCAACGUGCGGGCAGUGGGAGGUGCCAGCCGGGCCUGAUGAGUUGCUGAAGGAGGGGUGGGAGGCCAAGGUGUCUGCUGGUGCUGAGGCUCCCGGUCGGUUCAGUUGAUGGGCUCCACACCUCUGCCCUUACCUUUUGUCCUGUCUCCUUCCCUUGAGUUGGGGGGAGGGAGUGGGGAGGAAUCAGUGUUUUAAUCAGAUUUUACAAAAAACUUUUAAUUCUUUGUACAAUUACCAUCUAUGUAAAGAUAAAAUUUGUGUUGAGUUCAAGAUUUUCAUGGAAUAAAGAUCACACAGUACUUGAGGCCAUCUUCAUGUAA